UGAUCGCCCUGCUUUCCUGCCCACCCGGUGUCCUGUUGUAACGCUCCCCAGCGACCACGAUCUUCUUGCAAUAGGUAUCCACGGGGAACAACCAUGAGCAUCAGAAAUGCGUUGUGCGCGCCCUGCGACAAGAACCCGCAAAAGGCGAUCGCCUAUGCGUGGUUCACAUCGAUCGUCAUGGUGAUGGUCGCCUUCAUCUGCGCCUGCGCGUCGGCGGCGCACAGCGACGGAGAAGGGAGCGCGUCUCUGGGUUUCGCGGCCGUGUGGACGGUGCUUCUCCUGAUCGGCCUUUCCGUCGGAGGCUCUCUCGUCAUGCGCAAGUACCGAACAUCCCUCGCCGUGGGCUUCUUUCUGGGCGUGGUGAUCAUCAUGUCGCAGACCAUGCUCGUGCUCUUCGCGGUGUUCGCCGGCCGCGCCUCCACCUCCGAGGACGUAGACGAGAAGCCCGCCGACCGCGCGUUCGCCGCCUUCUGCUUCUUCCUCUGGAUCGUCUACUCGACCUUCGCUGGCAUGUUGGCUGUGUUCCGCGAGGACAUCAUCAUGGACGACACCACUAAGUACGAGGAUGACCCGGUACCGGAAGCAUCCGGCCAGCCCCCGAUCGGCGUGUGAGCCGAACGGCGUGAUGAUGCAGAAUAAAGUAGGCUUCGGCACGGGUAGGUUGCUCUGCGUUUCUCUUUCCGGGACAGAAGGGGCGAAAUAUUUCGCGGCCUACUGCUAUGGCGUUGGGAAGAGGCGUUCGGUGGGCGACAUGAGGAAGAGUUCGUUGUGUGGGUUUGCAUGUAUGCAGGGAAAUUUUUCUUCGUACUGGCAGGCAGAUUGUUAUUAAUGUUCAUGUUUUACCCCAGGAUGCCACCAUUUACGGUGUAGCUGCCGGACGUGGAGCCGAAGACGUGCUGAAUCUUCCUCAUGAUGCGUUUGGCUAAGCACUUGAUUGAGUGGAUGUAGCUCGUAGCUCUCGUCUUGAUCGCUGUCGAGGAUUGGUGCGCUGUGAUCCCUCCUGGCUUGAUUUUGCAAAGGCUGCAAGUACAUCAACGCCCGUAGAAAUAUUCACGUGGUGUGCGCACGGAGACGAAGGUAGGUAGCGGAGCCAAGCGCUCUUUUUUUUUUUCUCAGGCAAUGCUUGCCGUUCGCUCACUGUUGGUAAGUCUGUAGGAUAGGUCAGGUUUGUUUUCUAUUUAGGGGUGGCAGCUUGGCUCGUCGAUGCUGUGAGAUGGUAUUCUAGCACGACUUUGUUGUGUCGCCUGCUCCCGUGUUUCCGCUCUAGGAGUGGCGGUCAAGAUUUGCUCUUGUGCAAGAAUAUUGGGGGGGCAAGAGAAAGGGUAAGGGGGGGGGUUAACCCGUGGUGUGUCCUGUGCCCCACCUGAGUCCGUGUUGCUGUACGUUGUUUAUCGCCUUGUGCGAGCCUGGAACUGCGAUUGUUAUUACUCUUUCUUCGAUCAGCAUAGACCUACUCUAUCAUUGUAGUGGCACGCCUACGAGAACCAAAACAUUAACCUCUUUUACCGCACAAGCGAGAUGAACAAUCCACACUUGAAAUGCCAUUUUCCCAGGCAACGCUAGUCUUGUUGCAGUGCUUUAUCCUUUUCCCUGAUGCCACGGCCAUUUUUGCGAACGCAGCACGCUGCUGCCAUAUCCUCUUGUGUACCGGACGGGCCGCUCGGGGAGCCGUUCUGCCCACUGUGCUCUUUUCAUUUUGCGAGUAUAGUUUAAUUCAAAGGCAGUUGCAACAGACGAUCGAUCUCCAGGUCUCAUCGGUCCCAUGUCGGAGGAGUACGAACGGUUUGCCACAGUCAGUGCCGUUCAUCAGCGAGUGCGGUUGUCGUCGCCUCGAGAAGAAGCUGCCCGCCACCGCCCGCGGAUAGUUCGGCCUGUGCGACAAGCAAACGCCCUUGAUCACGGGAUACAACCGUCGCCAGCUCGCUUGGUGGCACCAACGCGGCCCCUCGACGAUGCCACCGCCCUUCGUGGUGUUGUUCGGAUUUUGCCAGUGCUCGCUGCCGUCGGCGCCCCAAACCUCGCUCCUGACCGAACCUUUGCCUUCGUGGAUGCCUGUCGGCGAAGCACGCGGUUUCGAGACGGUGCCGCCGCUGGGGUUGCAGAGGUGGCGGCCCUAUGCCGCGACUGCGCCGUCGCCGUCGCUGCCGAUUUCGAUUUACGGUUGACCUCCGCCCUCGCCUUUGUGUCUGCCGAGGAAGAGUCUAUGAUGCUGCUACUGAUACGUCCCGUUUGUGUUCUCUUGGCCUUGCUUGCCACCACUCCCUCGCUCGAUUUCCUUGCCCCCGUGGCGCCGAUGCCGCUCUCCGUGGCACCGUCGGCCGGGCCGCCGCUCCGCCGGGGCCGCUCCGGUCGCACGGCGGCGGCCCUACCAGCUGUCCUGACUGAUGCCGAUGCCACUGAUCGUCCAAGCCUAGUCCCGCCGCCGCCGGCCUCCAACUCCACAGCAGCAGUACGUCCAGCGGGGAAGGUUUCAGUUUUGGCCGACUUAGUCCCUGUAGGUGGCGACCGCCGCUGCUCUGCUUGCUUCCCCCUCAAGGGGGUCCUAGCCCUACCAGACGCGCUCCCUCCCGACCACCUAAUGCAUCUCUCGUCGACGAGAUGGUCGCGUUCUGUGUUGUUGCUUCGACGAUGUGCCAGCAGAGAUGAAGACGAAGCUUUCUUUGGUCGUGCGGUGGGCGGCAGAGCCGAUGAUGGUGGCGGUGGUGGCGGUAGUGGUGGCGA